ACAACAGCAUUAACAUUUGUGGGAGAUGACCUGAUUUUAUUCUGUGUUUUUCACCGGGUCUACAAAACAUUGGGGGAAGUUUGCUUAGCAGAAACCUGAAUAAGGACAUGUUGUAGGACCCCUCCCAGCAACUCCACUCUCCUCCUGCAUCAUCCUGCCUCUAAUGGAGCUUAAAAUCUGCCAGAAGUGCUGGUAACCAGGAAAGAAACGAGUGCUGAUUCCCUCUGCUAAAGAUGGCUCAGAAGUGGGCAGUUCUGGCUGUGCUCCUUUUCUUGCCAAUCAAUCUGGUUGAAGCUCACAACAGGGUGAGGGUAGAGGCUGGUCAUGAAGCUGUGCUGAGGUGCCCCAACAUCUCCAAGACGUUUUUGCUGCUGGUGACAUGGAAGAAGAGUUGCAGCAGUCAGUGCCUGUUGUCCUAUAGAAGGGAUCACAAUAAGACAAGCAGGCUGAACUUCAGUGAGAGGAUCACGUGGAAAUAUUCACCUGCCAGUGACCCUGCGCUUCGUAUUUACCCUGUGAGCCUCGGGGAUGAGGGAAAUUACACCUGUGAAACUGCCAACAGUGAAGGGAGUUUUCAUUUUUUCUCUUCUCUGACUGUGAUAGUCCCUCCUACGGUGACUCUGACCCACGACAAGAGCAGGGUGGCUGUGUGUCAGGCAUCUGCAGGAAAGCCACCUGCUGACAUCUCCUGGAUCCCUGAAAGCAAUCACAGCUCCGAGGAAGAAUUCCAUCACCCCAAUGGAACAGUAACCAGAGUGAGCUACUUUGGCUGGGUCAACAGCUCAUUUCCCUCUGUCACCUGCCUGGUCACCCACCCAGCCAGGAACCAGUCUCUGGUCAUGGACCUGAGAGACACUUCCCAUGGGCUUCUCUACAUCCUGAUCAAAGCAGCCGUAGGUGUCGGUGUUGUCUUUGGCCUGAGUUUAUGCUUGAUUUUCAGGCACAGAGUUUGCUGGUUAUGUAAACAGGCAUGUGGCCCGGCGGAAGAAUUUACAACUGAACCCUUCAAGUUCCCACCUUCCCGUGUGAGAAGAGAAGCAGUCAGGCCUCCUGGCUUUCCAGAGAAAAUCUAUGAGAAUUACAACCCAAGAUCUAUUUAUGUAUACUUAGAAGUGUAGUCACAAGUAGCCAGCUCAGCUACUAAUGAUACUCAGCUGCGUGAUCUUUCACUUCAGCUCUUAAGACCUUACCCACAAAAGCCUUUGUCUUUCCUGACCUGAUGAUGGUGGGGCAGAAAGGCCCAUUUUACUAAGUUUUUUUUCCUCUUACU